UUGAUUUUAUUGUUUUAAUCAUUGUAAAGAUCAGUUUAGUUAUCGAUUGUUAUCGUUAUUGACUGGGCUUGAAAAUAUCAGUAUCGGAUCGAAAAUAAGAGGUAUCGCCAAGUUUGGGGGAAUAUUCGGAGGAGGGGCCAGGUUUGAGAUCAGCUCAGGGAGGAGACAGUUCUGAGCCCUCCGCCUUUUCUUAUUUUUGGGGAAGUUAGGAUGCCUCCUGAUAUCCGUUGUUUAGGAUUGUAACCUUCAGCAAAUAAACAAAGGCUGUUGGCUGCUUUUGAACUGGAUCUCCGUCUCCUGCCUAUUUAUUCUGAGAAGUUGCAUGACGCUACAAUAUAUAUAUUCUCCACAUUGCUAUACUUCAUUUUAACUUGUUAAAUUUUUUUUGUGCUGCACUAAAUAAAGACAUUAAGGCUACAAAGGCUGAGGGAUACUGAUCUUAAUCACCAUGGCCAUGUCUAUCCUCACCCAUGUUUUGGCUGGCCUGUUUGGCAUGGGCUCCUGGGUCACCAUCUGUGGUCUGUGGGUGGAGCUGCCUCUAAUCGUUCCUCAGGUACCUGAGGGUUGGUAUCUUCCCUCCUACAUCUCCAUUAUUGUCCAACUGGCCAACAUUGGACCUCUGUUUGUCACAUUAAUGCACCGCUUCCGCCCAGGAACGCUCAAUGAAACUGCAGUUAUCUAUUUUAUUGUUAGUUUCGGGAUACUUGUAAGCCUUUUCCUGGCUUUCUUCUGGAGUGAGACGGUAGUGGUGCAAGGUGUGGAGCGCAGCGUUCCUCUCCUGCUCCUCAUCUUCUUCAUCUCAAUAGUGGACUGCACCUCUUCGGUGACCUUCCUUCCCUUCAUGAUGCAGCUCAAGGCGGAGUAUCUCAUGACUUACUAUGUAGGAGAAGGCCUGAGUGGUCUUGUCCCAGCUUUAGUGGCAAUGGUUCAAGGUGUUGGUGUGGUGGAAUGUGUCAAUGCAUCUCAAAUUCUCAAAUCCAAUGAAACACAUCUUAACGGAUCUGAAAGAGACACUAACUACCUUGUGCCUCACUACCAACCAGCUAACUUUUCAGUUGAAGCAUAUUUUUUCUUCUUGAUGGCUAUGAUGGUGGUUUGUUUGGUGGCGUUCAUACUUUUGAACUACCAUCCAGCUGUGGCGCGUGAGCGUCCUGAUAACAUAAAUGGAAAUGGAGAUCCCAUCUUGCGGUGGAAAAACAAGAAAUCUGAACAGAAACCAAUGAUGCGUUCUGGAAAGGCCAUUCAGAAGCCCAGGAGCACUUUUGGGACAGGGACGCACACAUGGAUGCAAGUGAUAUACAUCUACAUUAUCCUGGCAUGGGUGACCGCUCUGACUAAUACCGGUUUGCCAUCAGUGCAGUCGUACUCAUGUUUACCAUAUGGAGACCAGGCCUAUCACUGGUCAGCUACUAUGGCGAAUGUUGCCAAUCCUAUAGCUUGUUUCAUCAGCAUGUUUUACACUCAAAGGUCCUUGGUGUUGAUGGGAGUUCUCACUUCCAUUGGCUCUCUUAUUGGAGUUUACAUUAUGGGCAUGGCUGUGUUGAGUCCAUGUCCACUUCUAGUCAAUGAGACCUCUGGAGCCGUCAUUAUUGUGUUGGCGUGGUUCUUUUUUAUCUUCAUUCUAUCUUACGUAAAGGUGAUUGUUGCUGUCAUCUUGCGAGAUGAAGGCCACAGUGCUCUUGUGUGGUGUGGAGCUGUAGUGCAGUUGGGCUCAAUGUUGGGGGCGGUGACUAUGUUUCCUUUGGUCAAUAUAUAUGACUUUUUCACCUCAGGUGACCCAUGUAACACUAAUUGUCAAUAAGAUAUGGGUUCUGUAAAUAAUAUUAAAAUUAACUAUAACAUUAUUACUAUUAAUUCUUAAUUUUGGAGCAUAUGUAAAAUAUUUCAAUUUGCCUUUAAGGCAGAAAGGAAAUUUGUUUAAAAUUAAUAUAAAAAUAGUAAUGUAAUUUUUUAUUAUUAUUUUUAUGUUGAUCAUUCUGUAUACUAUGCAGAUGUUUCGCUACAUAUAUUAACAUUGUUUGUUAAGUGUUUUAUGCUGAUUUUUUCUUUUCUUUUUAUUUGCUUAUCCAUUUAUUUGUUUUUAACAUCCUAAUCAUGACUUAUUCGGAUUUGCCAGAAUCGUACACUAGGAGGCGGUAACGGUCUACAGUGAAUUGAGAUUGGUUCUCACACAGAAGUUUUACUAGCUGACCAAAAACUACAAUUGGGGGGAUGGGAGGAUACAAAUGCAUAAGUGACACGUGCAUUGGAUUUUCUACUAUGGAUAAUAAGCAGGAAGGUUUCAUUUGUCCCCUCAACAAUGUCUAAAAUGAUCUAAAAUGUUUAUAUUGGGAAAUUCAUCAGACUAAUUUGCUUGAGUUACCUUUAAAACAAUUGUUUAAUUGUUAGAAAAAAAAAUAGAAAAGACAACAUCAAAAAAGAGAAAAGACACGAUCACUUAUUUAGGUUUCUUUCCUUUAAAAAAGUUAAUUGUUAAUGAUUCUACAUGAUUAUUUGAACGUAUUAACAGCUCUAGUUUCUGUUAAUAAAAAACUGGAAAACAAGCUCAUGUUUUUGUAAUCAUCUGACCCGAAGAAGAAGAAGACGAAACAUCCUUUGCAGGGUGGUCUUUGAUAUUGACUUUGAAAAUGAGGGCCUUCAAGUUAGAAAAUUUCAUUAUGCUAAGGCAAUGAAUUGGGUAGAUAGGGUCUUACAAAUCUGCAGUGUUAUAGAUUUAUUUCAUUGCAAUUUCAAAAAGAUUCAUAGUCUUAAGUGUCCUCUGCAACUGCUGAUAUUCUAAUAAACGACUACAGAUGAGAACAGUCUGGACAGAACAGCCACCAUCUUGCUUUGAUCCAGUGAUCACAUUAUCAAGGGAGAGAGGAUAAUGGGAGGACGACAGUUAUUUGCAUUUGGAUGUGGAGAGAGUUCAGACUCACAGCUCUUCACUCCACGGGACAGUUUUCACACAAUGAUAACUGUGACUGUUAGCAAAGGCCGUCCGUCUUCUUGGCUCUCUAACAAUCCUCACCCAGGCAGCCAACUAAUAGAGUGGCUAUUUCUGGGCACUGGCUUUGAUGAUCCACCCUGCCCUGACUGUGCGUUGUCACCAUGGCUGUGUGACCGGGGAUUCAAACCCAUGGAAAAUAUUCCUGUCUGCCUGGCAGGUGUCAUAGGGUGCUUGGCUCAAAGCCUGGAUACAACAGCUGCUUCUACUUUGAUCCAUCAGUUACUACUCUGGAAGUUCAGCUCUCCUGUGCACAUGGGGAAGAGAUCUUAAGCAUUUUUUCACGAUUCCGUUUCAGACGAUACUGCCGCAUUUUUAAUGAGCCGUUGUGACUAGGGUUGAAACUAGAUCUGUGAAACGGAACAUUCAGUCAGGGUUUUAUACUCUUUAAAAGUUUGGACAAAAGACUUGUCAAAUAAAUCAUUUCCAGUUUUU